CCGCGAGGAACUGCUUUCCAUCAUACGACAAGUCCGCUGUUGACCCCACCGUUUAUGCCAUCCUUACUAGCAGUAAGGUCGGGUUCUUCAUAAUGCCCUCGUCCAACCCCCCUUCUUCUCCUGCAAUCCUCCCGAUGUACCUUAUACUUGUCGCCGUUAUCUCGCUUCUACAUUCCCGAACCGGUGGAGGGUUGGCUGAAAGAGGAUAGAUUUCGGUAUAUAGGCGAGCAGUCAAAGCCGUUUGAGAUUUUCAAACUCGACAUACGCGUUGAACAAGGGUCGAACCCUGUCCGUUGUGUACAAUAUGGUCCCAAUAUGGUGCCCACUAUCAACUCACACGAACCGCACGAAAGAACUGCAUCAAGUUUGACAGCUCCCUGGGAGUAUGCGAUGAAUAUAGACAUCACUGUAUCAAAAACCGUUCGACAACAUUGCGAACACCAGACCGCUGUGCUAUGUUCAUCAAUCCUGGCUCAGACUGAUCGUUGUCCAGCGGAUUCGAAGUGCGGUCUACACAGCUUAAUUCCUCUCUUCACUUCCACCAUUUUCAAUGAGUUUCUUCCGAGAAGCACGUGGGGUUUCGAUUGGACAGGGCACAUUCAACGUGGUUACAGGAAAUCAGACAAUCAACACCUACAAGCACUAUAUUGUUGAGCGGCAGGACAAGAAACGUACAAUCUACGAUGAGUUCCCUGACAUCCAACGCGGACUUGUCCGCAGACUCAAGGACGUUGAUCGCAAAGAUCUUUUGUUACGCUGGAAUAAGAGGUUAAAAAGAAUUGAAGUAGAGUUUAUGGUCGAGAGAACAAUUAGCACCGCCAAGAUUAAUGGUGAUACUAGCUCAAGUUUUACGGUGGUGUCGUAUAAAGGGCAGGAUGCGCAAAAGGCAUGGAAAAAGGACUUUCUACGCUUCUUCGAAACUAUAUGUACGACCAAGAUGCAACUGUUCGGGAUUAACCGGUCCAGUGUGCCUCUGCUGAUAUUUUAUGGAGAGCUAGUGCCUCUCGCCCAUUUCUGGGAUAGGCUUGGAGAGUUGGGGCAAAGUUAUGCCUACACAUUGGCUUGGGACAAAUGGGAAUGUAGUCCAUCCAGGGUGUGGAUAGAUACCGAGCAAGGAAUUCUUGUUCAUGGACUGGAGGGGCCCGAUCACAAUCUAUUUCAUUUUUUCAUUACUGUCGAGCCGCUGCCAUCGAGCGUCGAACUUCUUCUCGAGGAAGAUGUUUGCUUCCGCUACUUCUCUCGAUUCCCAUUGGUCAAGAAAUUUGACAUGCGCGUCAUUGAGGUGUUCCACUGUGCGUCGGAGAUAGAGGAAGGGGGGCCUUGGAUUGUCAAGAGACCUUGCGUCGUUUCUAGUAGGACAAUUUUUGUAAUCGCAGUUGGAAGAGAAGUAUGGACGGUAUAUGGAUGUCUUGACAACCAAGUAUUGAUGCCAGAUGGAAGAGCAAGAUUCACUCUUACAUCAGACGAAGACUCAACGUCAACUUUUGGUUUUUACUCCAGUAAAUAUCGCGACGAGACCCACUGGCUCUCGCAGGCUCCGAGUGUCUUUCAUAGACUCGGCAUUUCAUUGAACAAGGAUCUCUCGUCUUACAAGCUCAUCCUGCCAGACAUCUGCUUAACAGGAUCAAUUGGAAACUUGCAACGAUGCUUGGGGGACCUACCUAUAUACUUCUUCCUCUAUCCACUAAAAUACGGUUCAGCCGCCAUCGCCAGCCACACCUGGUCUUACGACGAAAAUGGAAAAACAUCCAUUCCAUACCAUCAUUGUGAAUACCUUGGUCUACCCACCAAGCUUAGCAUGAAACACGUCGCAAACAAGACGAUUCACUGGCCUAGCAAGACAUACAAAUCCAUCCACAAAUGGCAGGUUGCGAGAGGAUUUGAUCCAACCACCACCGAGUUCGCGCGUUACCUUGAAUAUUCCCUAUUCGAAGUUCAGCCACUGGAAUCAGUGUCAUCUCAGAUCGAAGAACUGGAUAUGGCUCUGUUAGACCCCUCUGAAGCACCAACGUCAACUAAUCCGGAGAAUGUGUGACCACUUUAUGUCAUUGCCACACUAAGAUUCGCAUGCCAGAUAGUAGGACUGUCUAUAAGUACUGCACACUAUCCGAUUAAAAGGUUGGGAAAGUGACGGACACAGUACAACUUGGUUGAGAAGACAUUCGAAACAAUGUUUCGCCGCUUGAAGCUUGAAAGUUCGGUGUCUCGAAUAAACGGGAUGUAUUCGGAACUCAAAUUGAACAUAACGAUGCGACCUGAGUGAUAUCGGCUCGGAUUUGGCUAACUGGAAAAGUUUGCGUCGGGCUUCGUGGAAUGGUUUCUUCUUUUGGACUUGAAAG